UAUCUACUACAUUUAUAGUACAUUCCUACCACAGAGGGCAUUUUGAUCACAUGACCCUAUGACAUCAUAGAGUAAAGUGUAAUUACUUCGUCGCGCGCAUCCAAACAGCUGUGACACGGUUCGAAACGUGGCACGGCAAUGAGCUACAGUGAAAGGGAUCCACUACUUUCCGAGAAGCACGUUUUUUCUCGAGGAGCAGCAGUAGAGACAUCAUCUACUGGUAAAUCGCUUACAACUGUCCCUGACGACAACUUGAGAGAUCGAGUGGGUGACCCGAGUGAUUCUGGAUCUACUAGUAGUUCGUUAGAUUCUGUCCAAGACCAUUCAAUCAGCAAUGUGGAAGCCUUCAUGCACUUAGUAAAAGGAUUAGUAGGAACAGGUAUUUUGGGUCUUCCUCAUGCUUUUAUGCAAGCUGGCCUUUUGCUUGGUCCACUGUUUACAACUCUAAUUGCAAUUGCAUGUACUACGACAGCAUAUAUGCUUGUUAUUUCAUCAAGAACACUUUGUAAACGUAGUCGUGUUGGUUCUUUGGACUAUGCACAAACUGUGCACGCUGCAGCAUUGCCCUAUUCUUCCAGACUGGCAUAUUGGCUAAAAAUAGUCACAAAUAUCUUUUUGAUUAUUGUGCAGUUUGGUUUUUGUUGUGUUUAUGUUGUGUUUAUUUCGGAACAUAUUGUUCAGGUAGCGCAAGCUUGUGGUAUUGAAUUCGGUCAUGGUUGGAGUAGUACCGACAAAGAACGAAUUGUUGUUGCAUGUCUGUUUCUGCCUCUUGCAUUGGCAACAUACAUCAAGAAUCUUGAUCGCCUCAGUUUUCUGUCAACUGCUGCAAACGUAGUUACAAUUGUUAGUUUUGGUGUUGUCUACUACUUCACCAUUGGUCACAUGAACAUGAAAGUAAAAGAUGGGUAUGGUGGCCCUUUGUCAAAGCUACCCUUAGUAGCUGCAGUCAGCGGUUGGCCAUUGUUUCUGGGAACUGUGAUCUAUGCCAUUGAAGGCAUUGGCGUGGUGAUGCCUAUUGAAAACAAAAUGAAACAGCCAUUAGACUUCGGAAAAGUUCUUGUUUGCGGUUUUACGUUUGUGUCUAUCAUUUACGUUAUUACUGGCCUGUUGGGCUACAUGUGCUUUGGACAGAAUAUUCAAGGCAGUGUUACUUUGAAUCUUCCAGUGGCAGGAAGUCAUGCAUGGUUGUAUGCCGUUGUGAAAGUGUUCUUGAUCUUUGCUAUCUUCUGCUCUUACUUGAUUCAAUUUUAUGUCCCACUGACAUUUUUGGAACCUCCUCUUGAAAUCUUCUUUAACACUCCUCGUGUAUCAUAUAUUUUUCGAACUCUCAUUGUGGCUAUCACUUGUGCGUUGGCUAUUGCCAUUCCUGAUCUUGGGGAUCUUAUUUCUCUUGUAGGAUCACUUGGAGGGAGCACACUGCUGUUUGUUUUUCCCAUUAUAGCUUAUCAAUUGACAUUUCGACAAAAUUAUAAUCGUAACUCUCCUGGACUUUGGAUGUCUGUUUUAUGCAUCGGUUUUCUUGUGAUUGGUGUGAUUGGGUUUGUGCUUGGCACGUACUCGUCUCUGAAGAACAUUAUAGAGUCUUCAAACAGCACACAUCCAACUACUGCUCCUUCUUAGUUCAAACUCAAACGUUUUUUAUAUGUGUUGUUGAUGAAGUUAUCUAGGUAAUGCAAUUGGAUUCUUACUAAAUUUGUCUUGUGUGAUAUCUAAUUGUACACAGUGUUCAUGAG